CUACAACAACACCUUUCCACACUCCGCCUCUCACAGCUACUACAUCCGCGAUGGGCGAGGCUACCGUCACUCAAGCCAAAUGGCGCCUUGUCGAGGUCGGCCGUGUCGCGGUCUUCGCAAGAGGGCCAUAUAUAGGCAGACUCGCCGCCAUUGUUCAGAUCAUAGACCACAAGCGCGCACUCGUGGAAGGCCCGUCGUCCGACAAGUCCAAGAUUGUCCCGCGCCACGCCGCACCACUCUCACAACUAUCACUCACUGCGAUCGUCAUUCCCGAUACACCGCUCGCAGUUGGCCAUGCGGCCCUGAAGAAGCGCUGGGAUAGCUCGGACGUGGAGGGCAAGUUCUUCAACUCCACAUAUGCCAAGAAUCAGGCCAAAUUCGCACGGAGGAGGGAGUUGAACGACUUUGAGCGGUUCAAGGCAAUGGUGCUGAGGCGGCAGACGAGGUUCGAGGAGCGGAAGGCGUUGGCACAGGCGAAAGCGGCGAAGGCAUAGAGCUCGCCGUUCGACAUACGACUACGACUACCUGCCGUUUCGGACUGGUGCUUACUGUCUGCACAAAGUGUAGUACCUGACAUUUUCAGCGCAUGGUUGGCUGGCGCAGAGUGGAAAUGCUGGCUUGAGCGUACAGUAGCUCUCUACCCUAAGUAGCGAUCGCCGAGAGGCUCGCAAACAAUUUCGAUGCAAUGAG